AUGUUACUUACAUAUAUUGUUGGAAAUGUAGAAUACUACAUAUUUAACACACAGUUAUUAGAUAUUAGGAAUAAUAUUCAUGAAAUCAUCCUCAUAAAGCUUCCAAUAAGGGAUGUCGUGAGAACUAGCAUUUUAUCAAGCAAAUGGAGGUACAAAUGGGCCACACUAACGCAGCUUGCAUUUGAUGACAACUGCUUGACCCUUUGUAAUGAUAGAGCAAUUGUUGAGAACAAUCUUUCUAAUUUUAUUACCUGGUGUUUAUUUCUUCAUGAUGGACCAAUCCACAAGUUCUCUCUAUCUACCUCGUACUUGCAAUGCUCAUAUGAUAUAGAUCAGCGGCUACUUUUCCUCUUGCAGAAAGAUAUUAAAGAUUUGGUUCUUGAAUUAGGAGAAGGUAAGUGGUUUAGGGCGCCAUCUUCUCUUUUCUUUUGUAAAAAAUUGACUCAUUUGGAGCUUCUCAAUCUUCAACAAGUUUUGAUUCCCCCACAUGAUAUUGAAUGCCCCAUUGCAAGCUGUCCUCUUCUUGAGAGUCUAACAUUAUCGUACUUCGAUAGUUUAGAAUUGAUUGUCAGUGCUUCAAAUCUCAAGUACUUGAUUUUGGAAGGUGAAUUUAAGGAUAUAUGUCUUGUGAACACUCCACUUUUGGUAUUAAUAUCUGUUGCUAUGUAUAUGACUGAUGACAUAGCAGAGCAUUUCGAACAAAGCUCAAGCUACAAUUUCGACAAAUUUCUCGGUGGUGUUCCCCAGCUUGAGAAGCUUAUUGGACAUAUAUACUUCACAAAGGUAUCCAUCUCCACUUACUUUUAA